CACUAUCUAAUGAAAGUAAAAGGAAGGACUAGACAACGAUUUGGUCGCGGAAACACCGAUAAAGACCUUGGUCUUGUCUUGUGUUUGACAACUUCCCAGAAGAAUUCUUCUUAACGUAUUCAUUAAUAGUGGUUUUGAUAGACACGCCAACGGUACGUUGAGUGACGGGAAAAUCGAUAAUGCGAAUCGACUCAAACAUUCGCUCUCUCAAGCAAGAAGGAAAUCGUUGUAGAUUCUUCGUUAAUAGUACAAAGUGGUUUUUCAAAAGUUGAUAUAUCAUCAAAUCAAUUGAUUUAUUCUGCGCAUAUACGACUAUUUAUAGUACUGCAAACAUCUAUGAAUAAAGGUGGAGAGGUCCUUUGUUGCCAUUGUAUGGAGUGCCUCAACAACAGAGCCCAUUCUUUUGCGAGUUGAGGACAUCUGGGGAUGGGCAUUGCCGAUACAAAGUAGAUAAUUGCCGCGACGGAGUUAGGAAGUUCCAAUCAAUUAGGUUUCUUCUUAUACAAAUUGACCUGAUAUUUAACGGGCAGCGUUGAUUAUGAAUCGCCAUACGCUAGGCUAGGCUGGCUGGAGAGAGCACGGCGACUGGAGCAGUAAGAGACUUCCCAGAGCUCCUUCACAUGUGUAAUCGCAAUCUCGUUGGCCGAGUAUACGAUUGCAGACAGACUUAAUCCUCACGUGAUAAAGGCAGCUCGAAGAGAUCAACGGGAUUAUUUGAACACAUAAACGUGGUAAGCCGAUCAGACUUUACUGGACUAGAAUAGGGUUGCCUAAUAUGAAGAGCGGACUGCUACAGUUACUGCUGACUGUUAUGGUAGUUGUUACGUCACAAGUUGCUUGUUAUGGUCUUCCGCUCUUUCAACCGAGGCCGGACCGUAAUCACAGACUAUUAGAACUAUCAGAAGCAAGGCAAGGUAACAUUGGCCUGUUUAGAGUGCUGAGUCAACCAACGAAUACGAGAAACAUCAGGCUUUGGUCGAGAAACAGAAAUGUCUUUCUACAAGUGAACGCUAAUGGAGUCGUGAACGGCACUCACGAAUCAAACAACAAAUACACGAUUCUUGUUCAAGAAUCCCUCAGUGUUAGCAUUGUGCGCUUCAAAGGGUUCGCCACAAAGAAAUACAUCGCAAUGGACAAGAAGGGCAGAAUUUAUAGCACGAGUUUUCCAAAUGUUGAAUGCCUUUUCAAAACGCACCAAGAAGAAAAUUUCUACCACACAUUUUGGUCCUACUAUUAUGCUAACGGUUCAAGAAGUUGGUUAAUCAGUGUGAAAAAGAAUGGAAAAAUGAGGCGCGGCACUCGGACUCGUGUUGGCGAGAAGUCGACACAAUUUGUUGUUGUUCCCGUCAACUCGAAUCUUUAAAGCACGGAGGCUUGUCACCAUCGUGCAGCCUUGCGCACAAAUACAGAACACUCUGGAAAUCUUCCUUCAGUUCGAAUGAUAGGAAUUUUCCAUGUUUGGGAUUGGGUCCAGCUAGACUGGUCGCUUGGAAUGAAAGAGUGUCAAAGGACAGUACAAGGUAGGAUCCUCAAAAGGUUUCCAGGGAACAAAUAGAGGUGAAAAACUGAAAUGUAUCGUAAUUCUGGGAUGUAGGAGGUUACCCAGUAGGUGCGUCCCCUGAUUCCCAAAUUCACGCUACCUUUUUGCCCGAUUCCCGAUUUCCGAUCAUCAAUUAUCGAUUCCCGAUUCAAAAAAAGACGAUUCCCUCUUCCCUGAUAAACAUAUUGGGUACUCUCAUGCAGAACCAAUUCUGGCAAGACCAGUUACAUGUUAGAAAAUUCCAUCUCAACUCUAGAAAACUUUCACGUCAAAUCUUCGAUUUAGAAUAGUAAGAUCCUAUUUUCUCGACAUUUAUCACCAUAUUUUCCACGGUAGAUUUUUGCAAUUUGUAACAACGCAAAUAGCUUUAUAUUUGCAACUUCAUAGCGAAGACUUAAAAUUUAUUCGAAUUUCCAUCCACAUUGGGAAUGAGGUGUCUAGGCUCUUUAUUAGGAAAGCCAUGAAGUUGAUGCAUACAAAACAUGCAAUGGAUAUAAUUGUUGUAGGCUCCUAUAUAGCUCUAAGGUAAUGACGUCAUAGAAACCUUUUUAAAUUUUUUCAUUCGAUCAAAAAACCUGAAAGAGCAUCAGGAAAUAUCCCUUUAAUUUCCAAAAUCAGUUAAACGUGUUACAAUUGGCUGGAAUAUGGUCACAUGGCCUGCAAUCUGUCCUUCAAAACCUGUAUGAACCAAGUCAAAAUUGCAGUAAUUCGCUAGCAAAAUAAAAAUCUUUCAUUGACCAUAUUUCUCUAUAUCUAACCUUAUUUAUCAGAUUUUGAACUUUCAAAGUUACUUUCUGUAGUUCCUUUCAAAGUUACUUUCUGUAGUUCCUUUCAGGCUAAGUGAUCUUUAAUAAAAAAGGGGGUGGCUAAAGCCAAAGUAUAUGAACCACCAACAGUAUUUCUCUCCAACUUGGGGGCUUAGCCCCUGUAUGUCCCCUGUUUUAAAAAAAGAAACUAUUUGGCAAAAGGAUGUCCCCUUAGAAUUUUUUUUUUAAAAAUAUCAUAUUUGACAAAUUCCCUUCUAUAGCUAACAAAAAUACUUUAUUUCCUUACGACUUUGGAAAUAACUAGAAAACAUGCGAAAAACUACUCAGAAAACUUGAUUAGGUGAUGAGAAACAGAAAGGUGUUACUUAAAGCUUUAUAAUUGACGUUUUCCACCCUUUAGAUUUGACUUGUUGUAAAUAUUAUCUUUGAUAAAUGAAAAAUUAUCACCAACUGUAAAUAUUUUGUUAACAUCCGUAAUAAAGGGAUGAAGAAGUCUCUAUAUUAACAUAGAGCAACGACUACUUCCAACGAUCUCCAUACACGAGGUCUUUAUUAUUUUAAGCUGACGUAUGAUUGAACAAAAUCAUACGUUUUCGUACGUAAAAAGUACUCAAUGACUUUGAAUAGUGAGUGAUGUUGAAAGUAGCCAGUCUUUUCAACACUCUCUAAUGGCAUUCUUAUUUAGACAUCUACAGCGUACCACCUUAAAUUUGACGCUCCCCCUUAAAUUUUGCUUUUGACUAUCUAUCGCCGAAAGACGCUUUAUACAAACCCUUGAUUGCUAACAAAAAUUAUCAUUAAAAAGAUUGGCUUUUACAAAAGACCCACCUCAGUCAACGAAAGACCAAAAAAGUUGGGGAUGAAAAUGAUAAUUUAUGUCGAUCCCAGCCACUGGACAUAUGGAAUGAUAAUUAAUCAAGCAAAAACACAACCUUACAUCCAUUCUGACAAUUCAAUGUCACAAUCUUAAGUUGUUUUGACAUUAGUCGUUUUCUGGUUGUGUUUCUAAGCCCAAUCGGAUGUUUCAAUGUCAUUACUUUGAAAAUGCAACACUCGAUGACGGCAGGGCAAAUCUUUGAUGUCGUCAUGCUAAGCGUCAUGUUAUGGAGGACUGACAUAAAGGGGUGUAUAACCCCAACCCAAAAAAUGCUUUCACGUGUAGCAUAUGUAAGUAUCAUUAUGUACAUCGGUAAUUUUAAGUAGUGGCAUUAUUUGGCAUCGUUUUAUACCUUUGAGGCAGCUUAGCUGCAACUCCUUGUAAAUAGACAUAAUCCUAUUUAUUAUAGAGCAACUAUCUUCAAAAUUAUAUGUCGUUAUUCUUUUGCAUUAAAAUCAGGAACAACUUGAAACUUUUGUCUUGUCUCUCAAAUAUCUAUCAUUGCUGUAUUUAUUCGUGUAGCUUUGAGUUAAACUGUUCACUAACACCUCUGUUGGUUUGAUUGAAGCAGAUGUAGAUGACAUUGAUUUCCAAAAACUUUUGUGCCAAAAUAUUUUUGCCAUUUGGUUGAAAAAAAUUUGGGUCAUUUGAUUGAAAUAGUGGUCUACAUUUCGAAGAGAGCUUAAAAUUUAUGUAGCAAGGAAAAUCUCGACGAGAAGCACUUUCCAUAAUCGAUUUCUAUCUUCAAUAGACCCACAAAGUUACAAAAAAGGAAUAUUUACAAAUUCAACCAAAUAAAUGGAACAGGAGAGAAGGCCUAUUGCUAGGUUAUAAGAAAGCCAUAAAACACUGGUAUAUCUAAGGCAGCCGGGGCCCUUAGGGAUUCUUCAGGCCCCUCAAUGAUAAGCAUUUGUAAAACAACAUAAAAAACAUAAAAUUGUAAUCAACAGACUUAGACUGAGAUUAGACUGAGAUACCAUGCAAUAUCAGGGCACCUUUAUAUCGUUUGUCGCGUUCAUGAUACAAGCUUUAC